AUGUCUAGAAACUCGCUGCUGGCUUUGACCGCGGGCACUGCCGGUGCUAUUCUACUUGGCUAUUGUAUUUAUUACGAUCGAAAGCGCCGUUCCGAUCCCAAUUAUAAGCGGAAGGUGCAUGAGCGUCGCCAGAAGGUCAACACACUGCCGUUCGCCUACAAUGCGACCCACCGGCUCAACCUUUCCGAGCUCAACGAUCACGAGAUGGUGCAGCAUUAUUUCCAAAACGAGAUCAAGGUGGCCGAAGAUCUAUUCAGGCAGGCCAAAUUGGACAUGGGCCUCGUUCACCUGGCCAAUGCCAUCAUGGUCUGUGCCCAGCCCGUCGCCCUGCUUGAGGCCAUGAAGGUGGCCCUGCCAGAGCGCAUCUUUAAUAUGCUGCUGACCAAGCUGCCCGAGUUGCAGCUACCCGAACCCUUACCAGAGACCACAGAAAUAGAUCUUCCACUCGAUUGA